AUGGCGGGAUAUGUAACUAUGGUUACUCGAGCAAUUCCGGUAAUGGAACUGCAGGGAACUCCAGCAGCGUUUCUGAACGGAAAAUUGAACUUCCAGGCUUAUAAUGAUUACGGUGGUAUUUAUGAAAACUAUGAUGAUUACGAUGAUAUUGAUGCAAAUUGUGAUGAUUAUGAUGAUAUUGAUGAAAAUUAUGAUGAUUGUGAUGAUGUUGAUGAAAAGUAUAAUUAUUACGAUGGUAUUGAUGAAAACUAUGAUGAUUGUGAUGAUAUUGAGGAAAACUAUGAUGAUAUUGAUGAAAACUAUGAUGAUAUUGGUGAAAAUUAUGAUGUUUACGAUGAUGUUGUUGAAAAGUAUAAUUAUUACGAUGGUAUUGAUGAAAACUAUGAUGAUUGUGAUGAUAUUGAGAAAAACUAUGAUGAUAUUGGUGAAAAUUAUGAUGUUUAUGAUGAUAUUGAUGAAAGGUAUAAUGAUUACGGCGGUAUUGAUGAAAACUAUGAUGAUUGUGAUGAUAUUGAUGAAAACUAUGAUGAUAUUGGUGAAAAUUAUGAUGUUUAUGAUAAUGAUAUUGACGAAAAUUAUGAUGUUUAUGAUAAUAUUUAUGAAAUUUAUGAUGAUUAUGAUGAUAUUGAUGAAAAGUAUAAUGAUUACGGUGGUAUUGAUGAAAACUAUGAGGAUAUCGAUGAAAAUUAUGAUGUUUAUGAAAUUUAUGAUGAUUAUGAUGAUAUUGAUGAAAAGUAUAAUGAUUACGGUGGUAUUGAUGAAAACUAUGAGGAUAUCGAUGAAAAUUAUGAUUAUAAUUAUUACGAUGGUAUUGAUGAAAACUAUGAUGAUUGUGAUGAUAUUGAGGAAAACUAUGAUGAUAUUAGGAAAGUAUGA